CAUUAGCAGUCUGUCAUUUCCAGCCAGGCCAAACACAACAUGCUCUCCUUCGCAGGAAUUGCCACGAAAAUGAACUCCUUAGAGUUUUCGUUAAGCUUCUUCAUACUGGUGUCUCAUAUAUCGUUGGGACGAUCCAGUGGUAUUUCCUUCUCAAUAUGCUGGAUGAGCAAGGACGACGCUCUGGAAAGGCAAAAUGGAAACAUAUGGCUCAAUGAUACAGCGCUGAAAUCCAUCAGGAAGCUGGGUAAAGUUACCUCCCUGACGGUGUACCCAGCUGUAGAAAACAAGCUAACGCUUCAGUAUGGAGGCUCUGUUCAGGAAUGGACUUUAAAAAUCAACCCAUGUACAAAGUUAACUAAAAUCAGCGGCAGGCAGAAACCCCUAAAGCAACCAACAACUGCCACCAAGGGCUUCCUGGAGUUGAUGAGUCCCACUGAGGUGUUUGCAUGUGAAAACGGCACACUAUUUUUCCACCAAGAUGAAAACUUCUUCCUUGGAAUUGGCUACACAAUGCGUCUCCCUGUCAAGCUCGAGUCCUGGGCUCCCUCCAUGUUGCUGGUCUCCUGGGUGGACAACCGCCCAGGUGUCAGCCACAGCUACACUGCGACCCUGUACCACACUGAACUAGGCUCCUAUAACACUCUCAGCAUGGACACUACGUCCGACAACCACUACUGCUUCACAGGUCUGGACUCCUGCGGUUCAUACGUGGCUUGUAUGGAGACUGCAGGCAGUCACUCCUUCACCUGCUUCUCUACUAUUACCGACCCAGACAUUCCCAAGAACUUUGAGAUGACAUCACGGACCACCAGCAGCUUAUUGCUGUCUUGGGACUUCCCUGAGAACCACAAGAUGUCCCUCUUCCUCCUCACCGCCUUCUACCUCAAUGGUACAGACCACGUCACAGAAGAGGUACUCCUGUGGCAGAAGGACAGCUUAAUGUUCAUCUUGUCUGAUCUGCAGCCCUGCAGCAAGGUUAAGUUUGGCCUGCAGACGGUUUGCCCGGCAGGGAUGGAGUCCCGCUAUAGCAAGAUGGUCCUGAACGAUGGAAACUCAGCUUACUCCAGCAUCGAGGCCUUGCAUCAGACGUCGUUUGGCCCAGACAGCUACACCCUGAGCUGGGAGGUGAGGAACACCUCAUCCAUCUCUGUUUUCAGAGUCUAUCAUGAGGGGGCGCUGCAGGGCACCACGCUCAUGACCAACUACACUGUGAGGGGGCUGCUGCCAUGCCAACAGUACCAGGCCAAGGUGGAGGCGCUGUGUGGAGACGGUGUGCUCAUGAGUGCCAAGACGGUCACAGCGCACACAGGAACACAUGGUGUGUCUGAGCUGAGGUAUCGCUCUAACGACUCCACCGCCCUGUGGAAACCCAGCACCAUCAACCAACCAGCUGUGGCCUUUUUAUAUAUGAACUGUCUCUGGAGAAUGGCACCAGCAUCCAGGGCAGCCGUGUGACUGACCCAAAGCUGGGUCUACCGGGGUUGGAGGAAGGGAAGACCUAUGUCCUCAGUGUGUGGGAGGAAUGUGACGGACAGUGGGAAUCGGAACAUUCUCGUGUGGUUUUUGAGGGAGCUUAUUCAUCCUUAGGGCUCCUCUUGAGGGCUGCUGGAUCUGAUCUGAACAGAGGGCUGGAUUUAGAUUUUUCCGCCAUGGUACUCACAAUGGUCGUGCCCUGGUCACUACCCGACGAUCUACAGGAUGAUGUGUCAGAACCAAGAGCUGAAAUGAGGGAGAUUUUUAAAGAUAAGG